UUUAUAACUUGAUAAGUUAGUUGUCGUCUGCAAAUGUUUUGGUUUCACCUUGAAAAUUGUUUUUAACAGUGCUUUAGCCAUGGUUUUCGUAUUGUGGAAGAAGGAACUUUUUACAUGGCCGUAUUGCCGCCAAUUCACUUCUUGGAUCAGUGGAACUGGAACGCACACUGCCCCACCGUGAACUGCGGAUCUUUGUGGGAACAUGGAAUAUGAAUGGACAGCCUCCUCCACAUGAACUUAAUGACUUCAUGCUCCCAGCAACUUUAGAACACGUCCCAGAUGUUGUUGCAAUUGGCACUCAAGAGAGCUAUUCAGAGAGGUUUGAGUGGGAAGUGAGUUUACAGGAAACGCUUGGACCUUCACAUCUCCUGCUCCAUUCAGCAGCACUAGGAACACUGCAUCUUGCUGUGUUUAUACGGCGUGAUCUCUUAUGGUUUUGUUCUGUUGCUGAGGAGGCAAGCUACAGUGUUCGACCUGGAACAGCAUUCAGAACAAAGGGUGCUGUAGCAGUGGCUUUUAUUUUGUUUGGCACAUCAUAUUUGUUCAUUACUUCACACCUUACAGCACAUAUGGAGAAGGUCAAGGAAAGAAUUCAGGAUAUCAAGAAAAUUGUGCGUUCAUUAGAUCUUCCAAAAAUUCUGCCGAUUCGUCACAAGAGUAAAGAUGUAACACAGAAUUUUGAUUAUGUGUUCUGGUCUGGGGAUUUGAACUUCAGACUUUCUCAGCCCCGUGAUGAAGUUUUGCAGUGGGUAUCAGAGCAAGAAUUCCCCUUGCCCUUGCCACAUAGUUUACACAGUGAUCAGUUGAAAGCCAUUAUUGCAGAAGGAAGUGUCUUCCGAGAUUUUGAAGAAGGUCCUAUAACAUUCCCACCAACGUAUAAGUAUGAUCCGGGAACGCAGAUGUUUGACAGUUCGCACAAACAGCGCACACCAGCAUACACAGAUCGCAUCUUAUACAAAUGUCGAAGUGGUCGUGGCGUUCUGCAGUGCUUGCUGUAUUCAUCAGCUCCAUCCAUCUGCACAUCAGAUCACAAGCCAGUGUGGGGCCUCUACAGCAGUGCUGUGCGACCUGGGAUUGACACAUUUCGCCUUUCAACCAUCCCCACAGGCAAAAAUCCAAAGGGAUAAAGUCUGGGGACCUUGGUAGCCAAGAAAAGUGCCCAUAUCUACUGAUCCAUCUUCCGGG